AUCGUCCUAGUAACGUAACUUUAGGGAAGGAUUGACGCCAAUCAAGGACAAGWUACCCUAUAUUUCCGUUCAUGAAGGGAAUUUUGACUUCAAAACCUCAAAAACACAAGCAAAACCCAAUAUUCAGUCGCUUUAUUGGUCAAUUAAUUGAUUGAAAAUUCAAGUCAUCGGUAAAAAGGUUGCCGGUCUUUGACAACGAUAGYUCUUUGAACACUAUUUUCAUUUGCUGUAAGUUUUUGUCGUGGGAAAACGUUUUGAAAAAUGGAUACACCAAAGCUKGUWAUCAGCAUGAGUCAUGCUAACGAAGCCACAGAAGGAACUCCAAGAACACGGCGCUCUUCAUCAACAGUAAAUCCCGGCGAAAGCAGAACAAGAAGCUCUUCCACAACAUCWACMGAAAUGUGGAGUCCUCAGAAAGACAGACGAAAGCCAUCCAUGUCAAAUCCCUACUUUCAUUCAUCACCAAGGAAAUAUUCCACAAAUUUCAACUCUAAAUCCUACAACGAAACGAUCGAGUUCCAGGCGCAGAAAGCUCGAGAGAUGGCCAAACAGCAACAACUACAGCCCACGUAYCGWACCGAACCGCAAGAAAACAAAAGGUUUGUGCCUCAUAUAGUUAAACAGGUCAUGGAUAGCACUCUAGAAGAAGCCUUAGACGGACUGGACUGCUAUGAACCGGCAAAGUGCAGAUCACUCAGCGUAAGUGUUUGCGAGGAUAUCAAGCAAAAAGUCAAAUGGCUAAACUACGACAGAUACAARUUAGUUUGCGUUGUCUAUUUUGGAUCGAUCAAUGGACAAGAAAUGCGUCUCGCAAGUCGUUGUCUAUGGAACGAAAGCUGGGACAGUUUUGCGUCUUCAAGUGUCCGAAAGGGUGAUGUCUACGCAGUCGCCUUGAUGUAUGGUGUUUAUGUUGAUUAACAAUCUCAGCUUCUCACUCAGUUGGUUCUUAGUAACUUUAUUGAUCAUAUCUGGAUGUUAUCUGAUUGUUUUCGCGCCAUAACGGCGCAUGGGUAGUUCGUAUAGUGGUCACUUGAUGAAGUGAUAUCUCGACCCGUUAUUCUGUCUAGCGAUUGAUCUAAACAUUGAUUGGCCUUCAGAAAUAUUGCUAUGAUCGGUAAGAACUCAUCAGAUUUCUUCUAUAUACUCAGAAUUUCACUCUUGCCAAGUCAUUUCCAAUUUUGCACGUAACAAAAGAGACGAAUUACGCGCAAUUAAUCAAAGUGACAAAGUAUUCUGGGUAGGCAAAGCAUUCCGAGGUAGCAAAGCAUUCUGGGAUAGCUGUCGUAUUUAGCUAUUUCAAGAAAUCUUUUCCUUAGGAAGGGCGAUUGGCAUUUGUCAAACGGAGAUUGCACAAUUGAAAGAAGCUACACAAUUCCCUACCCAAGCCAAAACUUUGACUAAUAAUAUAUAACUAUCAGCCAUUACCAUUCAAUGUUAACCACCGUUAAAUCGUUAUUCGACUCUUUGACAACCUUCGACACAUGCGAGAUUUGCCGUGUUUUUCUUAGUUUUUUUAAUCUGCUGUCUUGGUCUAUGACUCAUUCUAUCAUAUGGCGACAAACAUUCUGUGGUAAAAUCUCUAGUGAUUCUUGAUAAGCAGCUCUUGGACGAAUGUUUGUAUUGAUC